AUGCCUUCGAUACCCGCCUACACUGUAUUAUUUCUUUCUUUCUUCAUCUUACCCUCCAUCGCCUUCCCGCGUCUACCUCGUCAACUCGACACCAAUUUCGAAGGUCACAAUUCCGAGUCGCCGCCUACAACUUCAGCGUUGGGGUCAAUAUUACCAGAGCCGCCAAAGCCGAAGUGUGCGUACUCCUGUCCACAGCGGGACGGCGCAAACCGCGUGCUCAUUGCGAAAGUGAAUGCGUUGGGGUACGAGCAAGGAUACUCCAUAUUUGAAUGCGUAUACGCACCUCCGGAAGCAUACGACGACGCACGCACAUGCUCGUACCAUAAAACAUCAGGCAAACAAGCGCUCUCGUCCAAAGCUAUAUCCUGCCCCGCCCAAGCGCCCUCCUGCGAAACCCCUUCCUCUAGCUUUUCAUACACCUCCUCUGUGUCAAACCCACCCACCCAGUACCAUAAAAUGCCUGCCAAGCCGCUUUUCUCAAAACAAGAUGACAUAAUUCCCGAGAUACCUACAUGGGUGGAGACAGGGAGGUAUAUGUUAUGGGUGAAGGAACAUUCUGGGCAAUGA